UCUUUCCAAGUAGGUGUAUAUAUAUGUGUUCAUUCACUCUCUUAUCCCACACAACAACCACAAUCAAAUCCUGUUUUCAACAAUCUCUCUUUCUCUAAAAUCCCAAUAAUCGAAAGUCUCUUCAUCAAUGGCAGGGAUUGGCAAAGGGGCUGUUUUUGAGGAUUUGCUGCCUGUGAUGGCCGACAAACUGGGCGGCGAUGGGCUAAUAAGGGAGCUGUGUAAUGGGUUUCAGUUGCUGAUGGACAAGGACAAGGGGGUGAUCACUCUGGAGAGCCUGAGGAGGAAUUCUGCGCUUCUGGGUCUACAGGACUUGAAGGAGGACGAGCUUGUGAGCAUGGUCAAGGAGGGUGAUGCGGACGGCGAUGGGGCGCUAAAUCAGAUGGAAUUCUGUGUCUUGAUGUUCAGACUCAGCCCUGAGUUGAUGGAGGAGUCUCAGUUCUGGCUUGAGGAGGCCGUGGAAGAGGAGCUCAAUAACAAUACUGGUAGAUUCUGAUGCAGAAUUGAUAUGACCAGACCAGGGCAGUAUUUUGCAGAUACAAAACAGAGGGAGCUGAAAAAAAUAACAUUUUUACAUAUAUGUAGAGGAGCAGAUUUUUAUUUUUUUGGUUCCUAUGUCGGCUUGUUUCUUGUAAAACAUUGCCUUGGCAUGGUGUUCCACCUGACUUUACUCUUGUUGUUCAUUCUCUUCAUUGUUAUUCAUGUUGAAAUAAAUAGAUAGCACAUAAAUUCAAAUAAAAAGUAACUGGGUAUUUUAUA